UCCCGUGCGACGAAGAGAGUCGUAAAACUGUCACUUUUUUUCCAUGCAUGUAUCUACUCCCGCGGCGGUCCUUUUGAACCGCGGGGCCGAUGUCAACAGCGAAACGCGCUUGGGGAACGGCUGGGCACGGGUUCGCACCAACCACUAAGAACCGAUGACGAUUAGCAGAGUUCGAAUUUUCUCUCGAAUAUGCGUCUUGUCCCAACCAUCAUGCCAUCCUUUGCUGUCGCUUCAGUCGAGGGGAGCCACCAUCGCCAGCAUCGUCGUCCAUGCAAUCGCCCUUCUAGCGUUCGGCUGGAUUGCGUGGAGCGUUUGGCUGGCGAGUCUGAUCAGCUUCAUCAUGGGAGGGAUCCUCCUGUGCCAGUUCAACAAGUGCACAUACAUCGUCGCUGGCUCCCUGUUCAUCCUCGGGUGCAUCUUUGACCUGGUCGCCAUGGCAGCUUGGAUCGCCCUUGCAACAUCAGACAACUACUACUACAACGGCACCCAGCUCACCAGCGCCGUCGGGUGGUUCGCUCUGCCCGCUGCGCUCGGCGCCUUGUCCUUCAUUAUCGCGAUAGUGUUCAUCUUCCUUGCUAUAUGCAACUGGGAGAAGAGCGGCGCCCCAGACGCGAUGGGCCCGCCCAUGGCCGGAGGUGCCCAAGUCACGGCACCCAACCACGGCGUGCAGAUGAAGCACCACGCGCCUCAGGCCCAGCCUCAAAAUGUUGGCCACACCCAGGCACCACCUCCGUACAGCGGAGACGUGUAAUCGGGCAAAUUGGUUGAUGUCGGCCUUUCAGAGUUCGAUGACAUCGACUACCGUCAAUAUGUAUGCGCGAAAGAUGCAGUCGUAAUCGCUCGGUGAUUAAAUCGGCCACAAGAAUUGCUGCUAUCGGUACACGGAACUGUGGACUUGGCCGUCACCCACUCUGUGUGAUCGUGCCCGGCCGGUGUGCAGGAAGGGAUGUAUCCGAAAAUGUUUGGAACGGCGUGAAGUAUUCGUUGUCAUACACAGUCAACAAACAGUACCAUAAACAACAAACUUCGGCGUAAGUGGACGGAAUAGAUUCGUGCUUGCGUUAUGUAGAAGAAAGAAGGUCAGAUGGUGUAUAACAUGUUAAUAAAUACUUGUUGCGCGAGUCAUGAUUGAACAUGGUGGUGACGGCUUGAUUGUGCGCGGUACGCAGGGGACACGAGUCAGGCCGGAGCCCGUGGAACGGUGUCUGCGAAGGGCGGCUGCAGUCUAUUGGCGACGAAAGGUUCUCCCUAGCACGGCAUGCGGUGCACCGGGGGGGGG